CUUUUUUCCCCCUCCCUCUCUCCCUCUCUACUACCUCCAAGAUGGUAGGAAAGUUGUUGUUUUGGAGGGCAGAGGAGCCGCUCUCUGAUGUUAUGUCCUCUCGGUGCCUGUAGUGGUGCUGUAGGAGGCUGCUGGCUCUCUUCUUGAGCAGCCCCAGCAGCCCUGCCUUCUUUGCUGGAGAAUAUAUUCAGGGAUUCCCCUUAAUAAUCACCUACCCUCUGAGCACUUUGUAGUUUUAAAAUAAUAAAGAGCCCCCAAAGCUUUCUCCCCACAAAAAGCAGGAUCUUCUCAGAGACAGGGGGGCAGCAGCUCCUCAGCACAGAGCCCGAGCACAUUCCCAGUCCCUCUGCUGGGGAGGAAACUCUGAUCUGUCAGCCCAACAGAGGGAAAGGGGGGAGAGGAGAGAGAGGAGGGAAAAAAAAGCAGCUGGAAAGGGAAAAGAACGUCUGGUAGUUGUGAAGUGAGUGCACUGGAAGACCCGCCAACACGCUUCACCCCGCACAGACAAUCUGCUUCAUCUUGGUUCAUCAUCAUUCCAGGAUAGUGGUGUCCUUGGGCCUCUCUCUUGACAUUGAUAUGGUACAGAAGAUUUAAAAUCAGCUGAUGUUCACAAGGAAUAGAGUCACGUGAUGUAUGAAGGCAAACACAUACACUUCUCUGAGGUUGACAAUAAGCCCUUGUGCUCAUAUAGCCCCAAACUGUGCAAGCAGAGGCGACUUAACGGCUACGCCUUCUGUAUCAGACACGUUCUGGAGGACAAGACUGCCCCCUUCAAGCAAUGUGAAUAUGUGGCCAAGUAUAACAGCCAGCGCUGCACCAACCCCAUCCCCAAAUCUGAGGACCGUAGGUACUGCAACAGCCACCUGCAGGUACUUGGCUUUAUACCGAAAAAGGAGAGGAAGAAAAAGAAUGAUCCCAUAGAGGAAGUGAAGGUCAGGCAUCAGAUGGAUGCUAUGGCCUUCAGUCUGACAGUGCCCACCCUGGCCUUGAAGAUGCCCAAUGGACUGGAUGGGAUGUCCCUCUCCCCUCCAGGGGCAAGGCAUCCUCUCCACUACCUGGAGGCAGAAUUAGAAGACCCCUUUGCUUUCAACGAGGAGGAUGAUGACCUAAAGAAAGGGGCAACAGUGAGGAAAAAGUUGCAGAGCAAGUUGGCUCAAAACCGGCAGCGCCAGAGAGAGACAGAGAUUUUAAAAGUUCGCCAAGAGCACUUUAGCCCCAUUCCUGCACCUUUGCAGCAGCAGCCUCUGCAGCAGCAGCACUCCCAUCUGCCACCUUCAUCAGCUUCGUUAAAGCCGACAGGGCUAACGCAGGGCAUCGUCUGCAAGUCACCUCAACCUCUGAACACCAGCCUACCAAUGCAGGGAGUGGCACCCACCACACACACUAUAGCACAAGCCCGGCAGUUGUCUAACAAGAGACCUCUGCCUCUCCUGCCACCCGCCAGGGCUCCUGUCACAGACCCACCAAGGACUGAUCGGGUCCUCAUGAAAGCCACAGCCUUCUCUCCGCACUCGUCCUGCAUGAGCCGGCUACAGAGACUGGUGAAACUGUGCACUCGAAAACAGCAGCUGGACACCGAUCUGUUUCCUCAUUUAGGGCUGGAUUGGUCUGAAGACAGUGGAGAAGAGUUGGAGGAUUCAGAGCAAACCUCCCCUUACCAGGUUGCAUGGUCCAUCCGAGAAAGCCUCGGCUAUGAGAGACCUGAGUCCGAUGAUGACAAUGCAGAUGACAGGAGUUCCAGGGUGACCAGACUUUGCACUUACUUUCAGCAGAAAUACAAGCACCUCUGCCGCCUGGAGCGGGCAGAAUCCCGUCAGAAGAAAUGCCGGCAUACGCUCCGGAAAGCCUUGCUGCAGGCGGCCAGCAGAGAGCCGGAGCGUGCUGGGCAGCUCAUACAAGAGCUCCGAAGAGCUACAUGUGCUUGUACCAGCACAAGCCAAGUGAGGCAGAGAGAUGCAGAACCAACAACGUGUAGUGGGACUUUGAAGGGAGAGCAGUGCACUAACAAGGCCCUUCCAUUCACCAGGCACUGUUUUCAGCAUAUCUUAUUGAACCGUUCUCAGCAGCUCUUCUCAAGUUGCACAGCCAAGUUUGCAGAUGGUCAACAGUGCUCUGUGCCAGUUUUUGACAUUACACAUCAGACACCUCUGUGUGAAGAACAUGCCAAAAAAAUGGAUAAUUUCUUGAGAGGAGACAGCUCCCGUAAAGUUCAGCACCAGCAGCAGAGGAAACCCAGGAAAAAAACGAAGCCACCUGCACUUACCAAAAAACACAAGAAGAAGAGAAGACGAGGCCCACGCCGGCCCCAGAAACCCAUUCCUCCUGCAGUGCCCCAAGGGAACCUCACCAUGCCUCCCAGUGUCUCACUGCCAGUAGAGAUACCCCACAUACGGAGCCCCUCCACACCAGAGCUGAGUGCUGAUGAGCUGCCUGAUGAUAUCGCCAACGAAAUCACAGACAUUCCACAUGACUUGGAAUUGAAUCAGGAGGACUUCUCUGAUGUCCUGCCGCGGCUGCCCGAUGACUUGCAAGAUUUUGAUUUCUUUGAAGGUAAAAAUGGAGAUCUCCUUCCAACUACAGAAGAGGCUGAAGAACUGGAACGGGCCCUACAGGCUGUAACUUCUCUUGAGUGCCUGAGUACCAUUGGAGUACUUACACAGACAGAUGGUGUGCCAGUUCAGGAGCUGUCAGAUAGAGCGAUAGGGGUGUUCUCUACAGGUGCUGGAGCUCCAGGAAUGCAGUCCUUGAGUCGAGAGGUUAACACGGAUCUGGGGGAGCUGUUGAAUGGGCGUAUAGUACACGAUAAUUUCUCCGGUCUGGAGCUGGAUGAGAACUUGCUCCGUUCUGCUACCUUGUCCAACCCACCUACGCCCCUGGCAGGGCAGAUCCAGGGGCAGUUCUCAGCCCCAGCCAACGUUGGCCUUACUUCUGCCGCUCUGAUAAGCCAGAGUGGCCUUGGGGAGAGAGCCUUCCCGGGACAGUUUCAUGGACUUCAUGAUGGCAGCCAUGCCUCCCAGAGGCCCCACCCUGCCCAGCUGCUGAGCAAGGCAGAUGACCUGAUCACCUCACGACAGCAAUACAGCAGUGACCAUUCACACUCCUCACCCCAUGGAAGCCAUUACGAUAGUGAGCAUGUGCCGUCUCCCUACAGUGACCAUAUCACAUCCCCUCACACCACAUCCUUCUCUGGUGAUAACUUGGCAGCUACCUUCUCAGCAGAGAUGCCCAUGAUGGCACAGCACUUGCUCCCAACUCAGCUGGAUGUGCCACUUAGUGGGGUGGUCAACCCCAGAACUCACUGGGGAAAUCUUCCUGUCAAUCUUGGGGACCCCUCUCCGUUUAGCAACCUUCUUGGUGCAGAUGGACACCUCCUGUCCACCUCCCUGUCCACACCACCUACCACCUCGCACUCAGAGACCACACAGCCUGCCUUCGCCACUGUGACCCCCAACAGCUCCAGUGUGCUUCCGGGGUUACCGCAGACCAGUUUUAGUGGCAUGGGUCCUGCCUCUGCUGAACUCAUGGGCUCCACCUCCCCUAAACAACAGCUCCCUCAGUUCAGCGCAGCCUUUGGGCACCAGCUGAGCUCCCACAGUGGCAUUCCCAAGGACCUGCAGCCCAGCCACAGCUCCAUAGCUCCUCCCACGGGCUUCGCAGUGACCGGUGCCACCGCUACCAGUACCAAUAACGCAUCCGCGCCCUUCACCACCUCCAACUGAGCUUGUCUGCCUGGCUCCAUGCAGGUAGCAUCUGGCAUGGAAAACUUGGCCGCACACAUUGAUUUGAGAAUGGUGUGCUGAAGUCCUAAAUCAAGAUCGUGGUUCAAGGAUGAGUUUGGCAGUUUUUUAAAAUAGUCUCUUGACCUCCUCUGUGUGCGUGUGUAUGUUUGGGGCACAGGGAGCAGAAUUCCUUUUCUUCUUUUGGUGAAGAAGUGGGAGUUGUCCCCUUCCAGAACUGGUCACUGUUCUUAGUGCAUGCUGAUUUUGGGGUUUUUUUAUUAUCAUGAUUUGUAAUUCAUUGAGUAGCAAAGGGAUCAGUUGACUGGUUGCCCAUCAGUUUGAAGGCUGAUACGAAGUUAGCCCAGGGAAAAAAAAUGAAACAGGAUCGAUAUAGACGAUGGAUUCGUGAAGAUUCCUGUGCAGAAGUUCCCUUCCUUGCUGAAUUACUGUGGCCUUGUAGCAUUGAUGGUUUGCCUUUUCAAGUGUGUCUUUGUCCAGAAUUCUUUGCCUGACAGGCUAACAGGUAUUUCCCAGCUGAAACUGGAAGAAUUUGGUUGGUAUUCUGCCCAUACACACAAGUCUAGGUCAGACCCUUUGCAAGUUUCAAAUGGAUGCAUUUCUCAAAAUAUGUCAAGCUAGGGAGACUUUCUUGGAUAGUUUCUAAUCCCCUGAGAGCCAUAUAGGUUUUUUGCCAUGUGUAGGGUUUGAUCCUCUGUUUGAGAAGCUGAAUGUAUGUAAGGAACUAGCAGGUAUCUAUCAGCAGUCAUGGCUAACCAAAAGAGAAAUCACUAAAGCAAAAUAGGUAAGAAUUCCUUCUGUCUGCAGGAUGGUUUUGUUUGUACUGAUCACCUGCUAAAGAUAGUAUUCAGAUUCUUUGGUAGUAAUUUCAGUUCCUAAAGAAAGGAGUCAGCUAAGUUUUAGAUUUUUUUAAAUUAUUUUUGUUUUUUAAUUUUACCUUUUUGAAACCAAGAGAUAGCAGCAGCAGAAAUUCUGAGGUGUUUACUUGCAUCUUCUUAGCAAGAAGGAAACAAAAGACUUUGCUUGUAACUCUAUAGGACUCAAAUUUGCUACUGUACUCUGACUUUAAAAGUAGCUCUUAUUUAAUAUAACAAGUCUCUACUCUUCUUGAUUUGUUUCUGAGAGAUGCAGAGGAGAGAAAAUACAAUAUUCUUCAUUUCAGUCUUUUACUAUAGAAGAUGGAUUUCAUUCUACCUUACAGGAAGAAGUCCUACCUACAUGUAUUGUAGUCUAUUUCAGGAAAUUAAUAGAUAACCAAGCACAUGUAAUAGGGACACCUAAUAAGUUUUUGGAGCAAAGGAUCGUUGAACAAAGUUUAGUUGCUAUAGAAAUUCAUUUUGCAGUCAGGCACACACCAAAAUCUGUGACUCAAACCUCUCCUUCCAUCUUCCUAAGGAACAGAAUUUAAAUGCGAUAGGUCUUGUGUCUUACUAUUGUAGCAAUCAUACUAUCCCUCUUUUCAUGAAAGAUCUGUCCUUUUUAAAUAUAAAAGAGCAUGGAUGAUGCAUAUGUCCUUAUCUGAAAUUGCAAGUGUAUGUGGGUGGAGGAAACAAAAAUUAUUUUCAUGCUUCUGUUGUUACAAAGUCAUUAUUUCAUACUUAGGUGAAAUAGAUCUUAAUAAUAUAAGCCGAAUAUUUUUAAGUGGUGAUUUAAAUAUGUUUGUAACAUUUAAAUGUUUUUAAAUCACAUAAAAAGUUUAAUUGAAGCCUAUGAAAUCCUGCUUGUGAUUGUCCUGCUGAUUGAGGAAUUGUGAAUGAGGCAAAUCUAACAAGGCUUUUAUUUAUUUUUGUAUUAUGUUACCCAUACUUUGUUGAGGAGACAACUGUUUGAUUUGCAAAUGGUUUUUGUUGUGUCCAUAUACCUUCUUCAGUGUGUUCAGAUGACUGAAAAGGAGUGGAGAACUAGUAUACCAAAUAGUUUAUUCUUUAAUCUUCUUGUGCAUUCGAGGGUGUUAAUUUCUGUACACUGGUUUCAGGACUUUGGUCUUGAAAUGGUUCUUGUGCCCGUCAAACUAGGGCAGAGUAUAUUUGCCCCACAUCACAUUUCCCUUUCUUAGCAAAUGCUGGGGGGAAGGAGAGGAGAGGAACUGAGAGCAAAGUUCUCCUUGGUCUCCUUGGUAUAAAUGACAAAGGAGCUUUUUCAUCUAGGGUCAUUUUGAGUUUGUACUGAUCUAACUCAGAACAGAACCCAGCUCCUGAUCUCUGUGUUGAUCUAGAAGGGAAUUUCAAAAGCUGUCAGAGGUAUGCAGGUCUGUAAUUCCCAUUUGAAAUCAAUGGCUUUUUGUACCUGCAUUUCUCUAAAGUAGCCUAGGAUAUCAACUCUCUUCCCCCACUUAGAUUUCCAUUUCUAUAUAUCCCUUGAUGACUCUUCCCAGAAAAGUGACUGCAUAAUAUUUUUCAAUGAGCAAACUAAGUUUGCAAUAAAUCUGCACUUUUAAAAAUAAACUUCAGUUUGUAUACAUUUGAAAUAGGAAUCCCUCUGUCCUGUUUGACACAGUGUUCUGAAAUGGGCCACCACACUUGCCUUUUCGUGGUUCACCUCCCAUUUUUUCACUGCCACCAAUGUCAUGGUUACAGCCUAACAAGCAGUUACGGGUCCUGAUCUUAGCUUUACAAGGUGGAUCAUUCCAGGUGGGCUUCUACACCCACACAGCCUGUUGACUUCAGUGCAUCAGUGUCUUACUAUUGGAUGCAAGAGAUCCAAUUGAGGGGUAGGUGCAGUCAGAGAUGUUUCAUACCUCUUCCUCUGGGAAAUACUGCACGUCUGGUUAAGGCAGUCCUCAAGGCUGUUACUUAUGUGGUUCCCAAGUAGAAUCCAUGGUCCCUCACAAAGGUUUUGAGUAUCAGCUCUUACAGCAAUUAGCACUCUCAUCACCCUUUCACCAAAGAGCCAGUGUAGCAAUUUCAGUUCAUUAAUUUGAAACACUUAAUACCUGUUGUACCCUUUACAUAUUAACAAAUGGAACAAGUCUAGUUGAACCUAAAGGUUAAUUUCUUUACAUAAGAUUUGAGUUUUAAAGAACUGAAAAAAAAUUAGACAUAGAAUAGAAUAUGUAACAUCACUUUUGGCAGUAAUAGCACCUCAAUUAGUCUUUGUACAAAAGUACUUAAGAUGAAUUUUUACAGUGUAUGGAGGCUUAUCAGGAACAGCUUCAUGCUGGCCUGGUGUCUGAGGCAUUCUUUACCCAUAGGCUUUGAUGUUUCCUUUCACCUGGAAAGACUUUACACCAACUUUGAGGGGAGCCCUAUGUGCUUAGAUAGCUCAAAGCUGAUUUGUUCUUUGCCCUUGUAAUUAUUAUGGUACAAAAAGAUGUAUGUGUGAUGCAAGAAGAUGGAAAAGAUGCAUAAUUUUUUCCUCCCGCCUUCCAGUUCCUCCAGGUUCUUGCUUAGAUCCAUUCUCAUUACAGUAGCAUGCUUCUCUCUAUGGUUGAGCACAAAGGCUUUAAAUUGAUAAAGCUGGGAGGUAGCACAGUUGCAGGUCUGCCUCAGGCACUGUGGAAAAGAUGGCAAGAGCUAGAUUUCCCACGGAAAAUGGGGAUUUGCAGUUCUCAUUUGGAAAGCAUUGGAAAGCCAUGAGAAGCUUAGCACCUGCUAGGCAAAAAUCAAAAAAAAU